AUGGAGCACCCCGACAUCGUCAGUAAUGACUCCGAUGGCUCGGGCUCCUCGGAUGAGUUCCCCUCUCAAUAUCCCUUGAGAGCCAACUCAUCCUUUGUGGAGGCCUUUGAUGCUCAGGUCCAGACACCCGCUACCACAAUCACUUCCUCCCCUCCAACAGCUCACUCCUCCUCUUUAUCUUCAUGGUCCAAUCCCCAAGGAACACGCCCGCGUGGGGCUAGUGUAGGAGCUUCUGUUGCCCUCGAAAAACCUGAUGGCUUGGCAAUGGCCGGUGACCUGCGAGCACAACGUCCCUCCGCGCCCGUGAGAACACCCUCAAACACAUACGCUCCCCAACGUCGACCACCACAGUACAUCAGUUUCCAGCAAAACGAUCGUCAGCGCUCUUCAUCUGCAAAACGAGGUACCCGCCGAGACCCGAAUGCCCAAUACCGCGCCCAAGAAAAGGCCUACGUGCAGCGAAUUCGCGCCAAUCCCCAAGCCUGGUAUCAUUUCAACGACGCGCAGGCGAAUAACAAUAUGCUCGCAGAUGCAGAUUUGGAGGAACCCUCUCCAUCAUCCGAGGCGCCUUUCCCCGACGACCCUUACGACCCCGACACCCAACUUUUUUCUACAAAUGAUAAUAUCCCCACACCUGAAGAGCUUCGCAACCCCAAAAAUCAGGAGCGACUCGAAUGGCACUCUAUGUUAGCUUCAGUCCUGAAGGGUGACGUAGUAAAGCAAGAAAAACAACGAUUAUUUGGAUCUACGGAAUCAAAGCGAUCGGCAGCCCAAAGCCAGGCUCUUUGGAUGGGGGUAAAGGCACGCACCUGUGGGCGAAGUAUCGCUCUACAGCAAAAGCUCAUUGAAGAUGCCCGACGCGAGCUGGGUCCUGUCAUUGAAGAAAUCAUCACUUUCCAGAUCAAAGGCGAAACAGAAAUUGGCAAAGCCCCGAGGCAGCAAGUCGAGGACAUCGUUGAAAAGGUCGAGCGCUGUGAAAUCUUGUACUCAACACAUAAAGAAAUGGAAGCUGCCAACCCUCGAACUGCCUCAGAAGAGUUCUAUGCUAGCCGUGAGGCCAUUUUUGCCUGGCACAAUAUCACCGCCCUCAUCAACACGGAAUUGGCUGUCCUACAAAGUUGGGUCGGCAAUGAAUCUCUUGAUUUCAGCAAGCCUAAACUUAGAUCCGCCAACAGUGAUUUGUCCGAUGACUCGUCGUUCCUGGAUCGAAUUAUGAAGGAAGAUGGUCUAAAAACACUCCAAGGCGAUCAUAACAUGCUUAAAGCGCUUGGUGAGGUUAUCCAGAAAGCGAAAAACACAUUGAUUGAAAACGCUGAGGCUUUUGCGACUCGCCAUCUACCACCAUAUAUCGAGGAGCUUCUCAUUUUGAUCAACUUUCCUUCACGCUUGAUUCAGGAAAUCAUUCGCGUGCGGCUAUCAUACGCGAAAAAUAUGAAAGAUCCGGCUCAGCAGUCACCGAUCCUGGUUGACCAGAUGAUCUCGCAAUUUCAGAUUCUAAUGAGAGUCGCUGUUGAUAUCAAGCAGCGCUAUCUUGCCAUUUCACUGCCCCAACCUGGCUGGGAUCUGCCACCUUGUGUCGAUGAGAACUUUGAUUCCGUUGUUCUUGACGCCAUGAAAUACUACUUUCGUCUGUUACACUGGAAACUCAAUGCCAACAAAAACACGUUCAAAGAAGCCGAAAUUUUGGAGCAAGAGUGGGAAUAUUCCUACGAAAUUGGUCGCCUCCUAGAUAGCGGUGAUAUCGAGGUUGCUGAACAGUUCAGCGCCCUGACUGCCAAGUCACUUCAACGACUCAUGAUUCAUUUUGAGCGUGAGCUGGUCCCACGGCCCCAAGAAACUGUCGCCGACAUGGACAAGCGCUACAAGAGCAUCUUGGACUCAACCCGUAUCCGUCAACGAAAACUUUACCGAUUCUCAAGAUUUUUGUGCCAGUUGUUUGAAAAUGCUACCGAAUACAACAUCACGACCGAUAUUGCCUAUGAUUUCUUCGAGGCAUUGCUUAUUUCUAAUCAUUUCCUCAUUACCUCGCCCAAUUCCGUUGGCCAGAAAGGUGUCUAUCUCAUUGCACACCACUCAUUAUGGAACCGCCCUACAGACAUCCAAGCCAUCCUUGCCACCUCCUUCCGGGAGGACGAUAUUGGCAAAGAUAUCCCUCACAUUCCGUAUGUCUUGGUAGUUCGUCCGGAGAGGCCGCUUGCCUGGGCUGGCAAGGAGAUGCAGGUUGACAUCUUGGAGCAGCCCACUGAUGUUCGUCUUGGUAAGCUCCGUCUUGUCGUUGAAGGCAUGCAGGAUCGCCUUCAGAAUGCGAGAUUGGAGUUGACUCACCUUACUGGUAUUCAACUUGACAUGGCAAUCGAGCAGCGUGCUAACCUUGGCCGCGUGAAUGUGGAAUUGAACAAAAUUAAGAAAAUUUCAUUCAAAUUGUCCAUGGCCAUCAUGGACAGUGUGGCGGUCAGUAAAGACCAGCUGCGACAGAAGACAUGGGAGAAUAAUGAUCUUAUUCAAGCUUGCUAUGCAUUUGCAACAGAGUUUGGUAAGCGGUCUUCGAACUAUGUCGACGCCAAUAGACGUGCUAUGAAUAGUGCGCGACUGGUUGAAUUGUCUCUGGACUGGGUCUCGUUCAUCUGUGAUGAAUGUGAUGCCGCCGACAGAAAAACUUUCAAGUGGGCAGUUGCUGCACUUGAAUUUGCCAUGGCAAUAACUUCCAGCCGCCAUCUUCUUUCUUUAGAUGAGGAGCAGUUCGCCCGCCUCAGGCUGAAGGUUGCUGGCUGCAUGUCCCUUCUCAUUUCUCAUUUUGAUAUCAUGGGUGCUCGUUCAUCUCUCGCGGCUCAAGCUGAGAAGCAACGGAUGGAAGAGCGAUCAGGCAAUCGGAAGCUCAAUGCUGGUCGCAUUCUGAGUGACAGUGAGGCAUCGAAGCUUGUUCGCGAAACCUGGGUUGCCCGCGUGACUGAAAUUGAGGAUCGAAGAGUGGAAGAAGAUGCCAAGCGCCAAGCUCUUGGUCGGGUUCUGGAAGGAUCAAAUGAAGCAGAUCGGUCUCUCACUGUGUUGUCGUCUUCUGCUACCAACGUCAGCUUACGCUGGCAGCAAGGCCAGUUCAUCGGUGGCGGUACCUUCGGCUCUGUCUAUGCGGCCAUCAAUCUGGACAGCAAUUACCUGAUGGCAGUGAAAGAGAUCCGUUUGCAGGACCCUCAACUGAUCCCGAAGAUUGCGCAAUCAAUCCGCGACGAAAUGGGCGUUUUGGAGGUCCUGGAUCAUCCGAAUAUCGUCUCUUAUCAUGGUAUCGAGGUUCAUCGAGACAAGGUCUAUAUCUUCAUGGAAUAUUGUUCUGGUGGCUCGCUCGCCAGUUUAUUGGAGCACGGCCGCGUUGAAGACGAGACUGUGAUCAUGGUUUACGCUCUUCAGCUCCUGGAAGGUCUUGCAUACCUGCACCAAGCGGGCAUUGUACACCGGGAUAUCAAACCUGAGAAUAUUCUACUGGAUCACAACGGCAUCAUCAAAUACGUGGAUUUCGGUGCAGCUAAGAUCAUUACCCGAUCGGGCCGUACAGUAGCCCCAAUGGAUGGGCCAAAUGGCACCAAGGAGUCGCUCAUUGGUAAGGAUCCUCAGAUUACGAACCAACGCAAGAACCAAAAGACCACCACCGGCACACCCAUGUACAUGUCUCCGGAGGUUAUCCGCGGCGAUUCCCCUGGCUUGGUCAACCGCCAAGGUGCAGUAGACAUCUGGUCAUUGGGUUGUGUGAUCCUUGAAAUGGCCACUGGUCGUCGUCCAUGGUCUACUCUCGACAACGAGUGGGCAAUUAUGUACAACAUCGCUCAAGGCAAUCAGCCCGCACUUCCGACUCGCGAUCAGCUCAGCGAUAUGGGUAUUGAUUUCUUGGGCCGCUGUUUCGAAUGUGAUCCUCUGCGUCGACCAACAGCCGCCGAGCUGCUUCAGCAUGAGUGGAUUGUCUCUAUCCGUCAACAAGUUGUGCUAGAACCUGCUACCCCUAGCAGUGAGACUGGAAGCUACAGCAGCUCUGGUUCUAACACUCGGCACAACUCCUCCUAUGCGUAA